UAUAAUCACUACGAAUGAAAAAGCACAAAAUGUUGCUCGCAAAGAAACAAAUCAUAAGUUUUCUGGCAAUUUUCCUGCCACGUGCGUCAUCAUGCGCAGUCGCACUUGCCCGUUCACAAUGGAACUUCUAUGUUACACACGGUAGUAUUGAUAGCGGCAAGUAGUUAAUGUUGUUCUUUCGCGCCGAAGAAAAAUCUCUUUAAGGGGCAAUGCUGAUAAAGCGUGAAGUGACAGUGGCGAUGAGUAGUGCAGUGGGCGUCAGAGUUGCCAGCAGGUAGUUAAUUGACGAAGAAGUAUUGUCACGUCUGCCAGGAUAUGCCACCGAUCCGUGACUCCAACACCGACAGACCGUCCGGUGUCGAAUUCCUGUUUGCCGCGGUGUCGGGAGUAGGCGCAGGCUGCUUUACCAAUCCUAUCGACGUGAUAAAGAUACGUCUGCAGCUGCAAGGCGAGCUGGAGGCAAGAGGCACUUACAAGAAGAUCUAUCGCAACACCUUCCACGCGGCUUACUUGAUCGCCAGGUACGAGGGUCUGUUCGCCCUGCAGUCUGGCAUCGCGCCGGCGCUCAUUUUCCAAGUGUUCCUCAACGGCACGCGACUGGGCAGCUAUCACUUUGGCCGACGCUAUGGAAUCACGCUCAACGAGGAAGGCGAGACGAGCGUCAUUAAAACGGCGCUGUUCUCCGGCGUCGCCGGCGUCACUGGUGCGGUCGCCGGCAGUCCCUUUUAUCUCGUGAAGACGCAACUACAGUCGCAAGCUGCGAAGGGCAUCGCAGUCGGAUAUCAGCACCACUAUGCCGGCACAUUCGACGCUUUCCAACAUGUUUGGCGCGAAGGUGGUUUUUAUGGCUUGUACCGUGGAUGGUACGCCAAUUUGCCAAAGACGUUCAUAGGCUCUGCCACGCAACUCACGGUCUUUGGCCUCGUCACCGAUUUCCUUAGGCCCUUCGAGACAUUCGCAAAACAACCGUUACUUUUGACGUUUGUCGGAUCGCUCAUCAGCGGAUGCUGCUUAGCAGUAGUGAUGCAACCGUUCGACGUAAUAUCCACGAGACUCUACAACCAAGGUACUAACGUCAAUGGCCAGGGUGUUUAUUACAACGGCUUGUUCGAUGCCUUGUACAAAGUAUUCAGGAUCGAGGGAGUUCUAGGCCUGUACAAAGGCAUCUUUCCGACUCUAAUGAGAAGCGCGCCUCACGUUGUCUUGUGCCAAGUUUUUUACGAAAAUCUUGCACAGCUUUACGAUAAAUACUACAAAGUUCCAAGAUGAUCGGCAUUAUAAUAAAAUAUAGCUUAUACGGUACAAUCGUGCAGAAGUAGAAUUACCUCGAAUUUCAAAUUCUCUCGGUUUAACUAGAGAAAUGAGACCUUACAUAGUUUUUGAAUGUCAUUGUUGGACAUGGCUGCAGUAAUUAUUGCAGAUGAUCGUAAAUUGAAUUUAAUUAAAGAUAGUUCUUCGCAGACGCAUGCUCAGCAUUCAAUAAAAACUGUUUGAAUUCAGUGAUUGUAAUCGAUUUUGUUCUAGUAUUUACUGGUAUUUACUAUCUCAAUUUACUUAUUUAUGAAAAAUACAUUUUAAGCAUUUUAAAGUUAUCAUAAUUCUAAUUGUUGAUAGCGCGUUAAUUGAGCAUCAUGUUAAUAAUUUGUUAUUAUUUACUCACUACAGAAUAAAAUCGCACGAUAUCAUACUUAUAUUUCAAUUCAUUAGCCAGUGUUCAUCUUGCUGGUCUUACCGAUUAAUCACAUCUUUGAUGAGAAACUUUCCUUCCAAAAGAGCAAUAUUUC